CUUUGCCAGACUUCCAGGAGUUGGAGUGACUGACCGGAGACGGAACACCGACAACGCCGACAAGAAAGUCUCCUGUUUUUACGCAUGGAUCUACUGUCCGCUCUGGAGGGAUUUCAAUGAGUUGCGAUGGUUUGCGCCGCUGGAUAUUGUGCAGACUCGUACCGGAGAGAAAGGGCACACGCUCUCUUCACUGCAAAGUUGUAAAAGUAGUUUCCCUUGAAGUUUUUUUUUCCGCCACCAGUUCAGACUCCGUUUUUCUCCAGCCUGUACACACGGCCAUCAUGGCGAGGCGGACGGGGGAGAAAGCCGUGCUUUUGACGCCGAACACGCGCGCUGCUUUCCGGGAUAAACACCUUCGGCUUCACGCGGGCUCGUUGGCUUUCUCGUGGAGCCUCGUCUUAAUCUGCUCGGCUCUUUCUUGUGGAUAUUGCGGAGCUGAGACGGAGUUUUCCAUCCUGGAAGAGGCGCAAGUUUUGGCCGAUCAGAUGAAAAAGCUGUCCUCUCAGGAGCUGGGAGUCUUUACCAUGCAGAGAAUUUUCAACUCGUUCGUGUACACCGAGAAGACAUCAAACGGAGAGACAGAAGUGCAGCAGCUGGCCAAAAAGAUCCGGGAAAAGUUUAACCGCUACCUGGAUGUGGUGAACAGGAACAAGCAGGUGGUGGAGGCCUCGUACACCGCUCACCUCACCUCUCCACUCACUGCGAUACAGGACUGCUGCUCCAUACCUGCAUCUAUGAUGGAGUUUGAUGGAAACUUCAAUACCAACGUCUCCAAGACCAUCUGCUGUGACAGACUUUCCCCCACCGUCAACAGCCGAGCUUUCAACCCCGGACGGGACCUCAACUCAGUGUUGGCAGACAACCUGAAGUCCAACCCGGGGAUAAAGUGGCAGUACUUCAGCUCAGAGGAGGGCAUCUUCACCGUCUUCCCUGCCCACAAGUUCCAAUGCAAGGGAAGUUACGAGCACCGCAGCAGGCCUGUGUAUGUGUCUGCGGUGCGUCCUCAGUCUAAACACAUCGUGGUAAUGGUGGACCACGGAGCGUCUGUAACAGACACCCAGCUUCAGAUCGCCAGGGACUCGGCACUGGUCAUCCUCAACGCUAUAGAUGAACAUGACAAGAUCUCCAUUCUGUCAGUGGCAGAGACGGUUCGCUCCUGCUCUCUGGACCAGUGCUACAAGAGUCUGCUGUCUCCAGCCACCAGUGAGACCAAGAGGAAGAUGAGCACCUUCAUCUCCAACAUCAAGGCCUCUGAUGGAGCCACACAGCAUGCAGCGGGCUUCCAGAAGGCCUUCCAGCUGCUCCGAAACACCAGCAGCCUCUGCAAACAGAGCACUACCACAGACAUGGUGAUCAUCUACCUGUCGUCCGGCAUCACGUCUCGAGAGUCGUCCGAGCAGGAGAAGAGAGCGACGCUCAGUGUGGUCAGAGAGGAGAACAGACACCUCAACAACUCGGUCAUGAUCCUCACCUACGCCCUCAUGAACGAGGGAGUGACCGGCCUGAAGGAGCUCGCCUUCUUGAGGGAUCUUGCGGAGCAAAAUUCGGUGAAGUAUGGUGUCGACCGGAUGUCCGACCGAGACCGCUCCUCUGUGGCGUCCUCGUCUGGGGCAGCAGGAGCUUCUAUGAUGCCGGUGGUGAAGGGAAGCAUGAUGGUACUAAACCAGCUGAGUAACCUGGAGACAACGGUGGGCCGCUUCUAUAUCAAUCUGCCCAAUCGAAUGAUCGACCUGGCCCGCUUCAGCCUUCCCUACGCCGACCCCAUGGGAGAUGGGUUCAUUAUGACCGUGAGCCGGCCAUGUUAUUUCGGUAACCUGCUGCUGGGUGUGGUCGGGGUGGAUGUGAACCUGGCCUACAUCCUGGAGGAUGUCACCUACUACCAAGACUCACUGGCCUCAUACACAUUCCUCAUAGACAACAAAGGUUUCACCCUGAUGCAUCCAUCACUGACACGACCCUACCUGAUGACAGAGCCGCCCCUGCACACUGACAUCAUCCACUACGAGAAUAUCCCAGGAUUCCCCGCUGUCCGACAGAACAUCCUCAGCGUCCCUCUGGGCAGUCAGGUCAUUGCAGUGCCGGUCAACUCCUCACUGUCCUGGCACACCAACCGCCUCAGAGACAACAGCAAAGAGGCAUACAACGUCAGCUACGCCUGGAAACUGGUUCAGGACACGUCGUUCGUCCUGUGCAUCGUGUACGUGCAGCCGGAGAUCCCGGUGAAGCAGCUGAAGAACCUGAACACCGCUCCCAGCUCCAAGCUGCUGUACCAUCGUUUAGACCUGCUGGGUCAGCCCAGCUCCUGCCUGCACUUCAAACAGCUCGCCACAGUUGAGUCCCCCACAGUGAUGUUGGCAGCUGGUAGUUUCUCCUCUCCCUAUGAGCAUCUGAGUCAGCCAGAAACAAAGCGCAUGGUUGAGCACUACACCGCCUACCUGAGUGAUAACACCAGGCUCAUAGCCAACCCGGGCCUCAAGUCCUCCGUCAGGAACGAGGUUAUGGCGACCAGUCACGUCACGGAUGAGUGGAUGACACUAAUGGAAAUGAGUAGCCUCAACUGCUACAUUGUGCGCCGUUACAUAGCAACGCCCAGCGGGGUGCUCCGGAUUUAUCCAGGAUCACUGAUGGACAAAGCCUUCGACCCGACCCGCAGACAAUGGUACCAGCACGCCGUGGCUAACCCUGGCCUCAUCACCUUCACGGGACCGUACCUGGACGUGGGCGGUGCGGGCUACGUCGUCACCAUCAGCCACACCAUCCACGCCUCCAGCUCUCAGAUGGCUCCUGGUUAUGCCAUUGCAGUGAUGGGCAUAGACUUCACCCUUCGCUACUUCUAUAAGGUCCUGCUGGACCUGCUGCCCAUCUGCAACCAGGACAAGGGCAACAAGAUCAGGUGCUUCAUAAUGGAGGACAGAGGGUACCUGGUCGCUCACCCCACUCUCAUUGACCCCAAAGGUCACGCUCCGGCAGAGCAACAGCACAUCACACACAAGGAGCCGCUGGUGGCUAAUGACAUCCUGAACCACCCCAACUUUGUCAAGAAAAACCUGUGCAACAGCUUCAGUGAUCGCACCGUGCAGCGCUUCUACAAGUUCAACACGAGCAUAAUGGGGGAUCUAACAAACCUGGUCCAUGGUAGCCAUUGUUCCAAGUACCGUCUGACCCGAAUCCCUGGCACCAAUGCCUUCGCUGGUAUCGUCAACGAGACGUGUGACUCUCUGGCGUUCUGCGCCUGCAGCACUGUGGACCGGCUCUGUCUCAACUGCCACAGAAUGGAACAGAACGAGUGUGAGUGUCCGUGUGAGUGCCCCCUGGAGGUCAAUGAGUGUACUGGCAACCUCACCAACGCUGAAAACAGGAAUCCUAGCUGUGAGGUGCAUCAGGAGCCCGUCAGUCUGAAUGUGAUUGAUCCCACUCUGCAUGACACCCUGCCUCAGUGUAUCAACACUCGCUGUAGCCAGAGAUACACCAGCAGCGACUGUUUCGGCGUGCUGGACUGUGAGUGGUGCAUGGUGGACAGUGAUGGUAAGACUCAUCUCGACAAGCCAUACUGCGCCCUGCAGAAGGAGUGUUUCGGGGGCAUCGUCGGCGCCAAGAGUCCCUACGCGGACGGCCUGGGACUCCUCGAUGAGGAGGUGGCUUCCUUGAACAUGAUCAAGAGCGCCCCUGUGGGUCCAGUCGCCGGGGGCAUUAUGGGAUGCAUCAUGGUGUUGGUGCUGGCUGUGUACGCAUACAGACACCAGAUCCACAGGCGGUCGCACCAGCACAUGUCACCGCUGGCAGCACAGGAAAUGUCAGUGAGAAUGUCCAACCUGGACAACGAAAGAGACGAGAGGGAUGAAGACAGCCACGAGGACAGAGGAAUCAUCAGUAAUACUCGAUUCAUUGCUGCUGUGAUUGAGCGGCACACUCACACUCCUGAGCGGAGACGGAGGUACUGGGGACGAUCCGGGACAGAGAGCGACCACGGCUACAGCACCAUGAGUCCGCAGGAGGACAGCGAGAAUCCGCCCGGAAACAACGACCCGCUCUCGGCCGGUGUCGACGUUGGUAACCACGAUGACGACCUCGACCUGGACACGCCUCCUCAAACGGCCGCGUUGCUCAGCCACAAGUUUCACCCCUACCGGCACACGCAUACGCACCACCACCCGCUGCACACGCACACGCACCACCUGCAGGCCGCGGUCACCGUGCACAGCGUGGACGCGGAGUGCUGAUCUUCAGCGCGGCAUGCGCCUUCCUGCCGGGGAUGGAACUGUUUUUUAUUGAAGACUAUUUUUAAAAACGUUAGUGCUUGAUCAGGCAGCACGCAGUAGGUACUGUCAGGAGGGACGGAGGGAGAGAGACCGCACUGUCACUGGGCCGCUGGACCUCCGCCAUGAAUGGAUGUUUAGCUUAAUAUGGGUGUUAGCCUCAUGGUCUCAUCGUGCCAACAUAUCCAUCUUAACCCUUGUUUUCAAACACAGUUAUACACACUGAAAAGUGCCAGACCUGGACUAGUAUAAAUAACCAAAGGGGAUUUUUUGUCUGUUUUCUGAAGGAAUUUUUGGCAUUAGGGAUUCUGAGAGCACACAACAACGACUUUGGGAGCAAACAAAAAAGCUGUUUGAGCCCAUUCAUUGAGAAGAGGACAUAAAUGUACCCUAAAAGUCCUUGAGGGAGGACCAUCAUCUUCAUUUCCAUGUGGAUAGCCGGAGCAAACACUUUCUAGGACCGGAGGAUAAUCCAAUUAACAUAAAAAUGUAGAUGCUGAUUGGUUCCCUUUAGCCCCAGGGCUCCAUCCCAGCCUCCACACAGGUUGUUCGCCCACUGAGAGCCCACUUGUGGUGAGGUUCAGGAGGGGAGCAGAGCACUCCUUACACUUGUGAAAGAAGUCUCAGAUGAAGAGUAAAACAUACUGUUGUCUCCACACAGGCCAGGAUCUAACGUGGGAGUCUAUCAUGGAUUCUGUGCCAGUUUUACUCUCCACGCUUCUCCAGAUUGACACUCCACUGCUGGCUUCUUCUGAAACUUACACACCAUGGUUUGGGAAGAUAUUUGGACAUUUUCAUCACUGUCUGUGAACUUCAAAGUCUGAAAAAUCUUCAAUGAUUCACUUAACUAUAGGAGGAAACACUUUAAAGAUGAAAGGAUUAUUUUUCUACUAUUUAUUAAAAAAGAGGUAGAUUUUGGGAAGCAGCUGUGGCUAACACAAACAAGAAAGUAGUCAGGUGAUGCGUACCGGCCCGCUUCCUGUAACAAUGCAUCAGAUUUACUGCUCAUUAUUUUCAGUUUCCCUGGAAGUCUGUGACUGGUGGUGUUUAUUUUGAAUUUUAAGAAUAUCAGUAAUGCAACAGCUCAUGUGAAAUUGACACUGAGGGACUGAGCUCAUUUUCCCUCCAUUUGUCUCUUCAUUUUCUAUCAGCAGAAGCAUAUUCUCAGAUAUCCUCUCCAUAAGACGUCUUUCAAUGUAUAGUCUGGUGAACAGUGUCUUCAAACAGGAAACAUUUUUGGACGAGCAGGGACCUACACAUCUGAGUCACAAUCAGAUCUGCUCCUUUCCAAAAAAUCCAGGUAUUUUUCUGUGAAUAUCAGUUAAAAAAAAAAAGAAAGCGAUGAGCCUUAAUUACAUCCUGUGUUGGAGCAGUUAGGAAGAGACGUGGUCUUUGACACACAGCGCAUUUUUCUUUCUGAAUUCGCUGUGAAUCGCUGAGGUCUUUGUGUUCUUGUAAGGUAAGACUUGCUGUGCGGAGCAACUUCACACCUCUGGACAUAGAGGCAGCCUCCUGGGGAAGGAGUAGAGAGGAGAAACCCGUUGCUGGCUUUAGUUGCUGCUGGGGAUUUGGUGUGUGGGGAUAAUUGGCGCCCCUCACAAAGGUCCUGAGAGAUUCACAGAGGCUGAGUGCUGCCCCCUCUAUCUGCCUGAGUAGAAAAACCAGUACACAAUGCUGCCACACCCCCAUCUUACCACAACUUACUGCCUCUUUGGCCGAGCUGAUACUGUACCUGUGUUAAGGUUGUGUGCUGGAUUUGAAGCUAAAUUCGCAGUGACGCCCAGGAUGGAGUCUCCAUCUCAUCACGGGGGGUGAAAGGGGGAGAGAUGCUGCUGCUGCUGUUGUUGUACAGAGGUUACACCCACCUGACGGCUCCUCUGUGGUUAACCACUCAAAAUGUCUUUUUCUACAAAAUGUCUCUGGUUUAACUGUGUGUGUGUGCGUGCGUGCGUGUGCGUGUGCGUGUGCGUGUGUGUGUGUGCACAUGCGAGAGAGUCUGAAGAAAGAAUGAUUAUUCACCUGGAACAUUUUCAUUGAAUGCAUUAUUGUAUUUUUUUCAAGAUAGUAUUAGAGAAUUAUAGGUGAAAUUAUUAUGAUUGAGAAAUCCACUUAUUUUUAUUCUGAUGAAGAGUCGCUCGGCCCCAUCUGUGCUCCGUGGGUUUGAUAGUUCAGCUGGUCAAAUCACAUCAGUGUGGCAUCCAUUAUGUCUGGAUGCAGAAAUGUCUAUUGUUUUUCUGAGAUUCAUUAUGAAGUGUAAAUACAGAAUCGCAAAUAGCUAUUAAUGUCCUGUACACUCCAUAUUUUUUUAUGUUGGUAAGAUGUGAUGUAUGCUUCAAAUGACGCUCAGAUGUUCGGGUUGAUAUUUUGAAUUGUCUGUUCAUGGUGUCUCACUAUAUUUCUGAUGCCUUGGAUGUUUUUGUUUUUUUUUUUUAGUUUUAUUUUUCUUUAGGUCCAUAUUGGAUGGAAGUCAGUACUUGGAAAAAUUAAUACACACUUUUUAUGUUUGAGAGACUUCUAGUUUUUAAAGUUUUAUCAUGUGUCUUCAAAAUGUUAAAGAAAGCUUAUCUCUCCGUGAACUAAUUUAGAUUUGCAAAAAAAAAACAAAACACACACACACACACAAAAACGGUACUACAUCUUUUCAAUGAGUAUUGACCAAAACAACACC